AUGCAGUACAACAAGAUCAUCUUUCAACUGAUGGCCUGCUUUGCGACUCUUGAGCUAGUGCUUGGUUAUCCCCAGGAGCGAAUUAAUUCAGCGGAACAGAUCCAGAGAUUAAGUGACGCCAACGAGGGCGAAAAUCAAGCACUAACAUCCAGUGAGGUCCUCGAAAACCUCUACAGAUAUGAGAGAACUUUGAGCAGAUUGCGAAGAGCUCUGGAGGAGUUGGCCUAUGAGGAGGCGGCUGAUGACAUGGAGCUUGCCGAGAUCAAUGUAUUCCGACCCCUUUUCCGCUAUCGAUCUCAGGUGGUGAAGGUAAAGAAUCCCCAGCAGCAGCAGUUUGGCUAACCGGUUAA